GGAAAAGUCAAUCGUUGCGAUUGUCGUACAGUACUGAGCUAUUUUUUGGUUACCCCAGUGUGUUUUUUGCAUACUCUGACUGCAUCUAGAAGGAUUACCCCGGAUUUUCAAGGGACGGAUUUUUUUCAUAUCGUUCUUUAAGGAAAACGAUCGGAUUACCUUCAUAAGUACAUUUAUUCUCUAAGAGGAGAUUAGCACAUUCACUAUACUGAAUUGUACAAAUAUACGAAGUUUGAACAAUAUGAGUUCUCGUUUUGACGCCGUUGGCCGUUUGGUCAAGGGAAUGUUGAAAGAUCCUUCUAAGAAGUACAAGCCCUUCCAGGGUAUCAAGCUGCCUCACCGUCAAUGGCCUAACCGCGUUAUCACUAAGGCUCCUCGCUGGUUGUCUACCGACCUGCGUGAUGGUAACCAGGCUCUCCCUGACCCUAUGACUGGUCCUGAGAAGCUCAAGUACUUCAAGAUGCUUUGUGACAUUGGAUUGAAGGAAAUUGAGGUCGGUUUCCCUAGUGCCUCCCAGACUGACUUUGCCUUUGUCCGCCAUUUGAUUGAGUCUCCCGGUUUGAUUCCUGAUGACGUUACGAUUCAAGUUCUUACGCCCGCUCGUGAACACUUGAUUAAGCGUACCGUGGAAAGUCUCCGUGGUGCCAAGAAUGCCACCAUUCACUUGUACAAUGCCGUUUCUCCUCUGUUCCGUGACGUUGUCUUCCGGAACUCUAAGAAGGAGACUCUUGACUUGGCUAUCUUUGGUACCAAGACUGUCCGUCAAUACAGUAAGAACUCUGACGACAGCGUCAACUGGAGAUUCGAGUAUUCUCCCGAGUGCUUCUCUGAUGCCGAACCCGACUUUGUCUUGGACGUGUGUAACGAAGUGAAGGCUGCUUGGGAACCCUCGGCCGCCAACCCUAUCAUUUUCAACCUUCCCGCUACCGUUGAGAUGGCUACUCCUAACACAUAUGCCGACUUGGUCGAGCAUUUCCACACCAACAUCACUGAGCGUGAGAAGGUAUGCAUCUCUUUGCAUCCUCACAACGACCGUGGUACCGCUGUAGCCGCAGCUGAGCUUGGUCAGCUCGCCGGUGCUGACCGUGUUGAGGGCUGUUUGUUCGGCAAUGGUGAGCGUACUGGUAACGUUGAUCUUGUCACUCUCGCUUUCAACUUGUACACCCAAGGUAUUUCUCCUAAGAUCGACCUCUCCAACUUGGAGGAUGUCAUCCGUAUUUGUGAGGAGUGCAACAAGAUUAAUGUCCACCCUCGUCACCCCUACGCUGGUAACCUCGUUUUCACAGCCUUCUCUGGUUCUCACCAGGAUGCCAUCUCUAAGGGUUUGAAGCUGUAUGAUGAGCGUAAGGCUACUGAUCCCACGUGGAAGAUUCCUUACCUGCCUCUCGAUCCUCACGAUGUUAACUCUGAGUAUGCCGCCAUUAUCCGUGUUAACUCUCAAUCCGGUAAAGGUGGUGUUGCCUACCUUUUGAAAUCGAACUUCGACCUUGACCUUCCCCGCCCUCUUCAAGUUGAAUUUGGCCAGGCCGUGAAGGAGUUCAGUGACAAGAAGGCUAAGGAGCUGACCAUUGCUGAGCUUCGUGACCUCUUCUUCACCAACUACUUCCUCGAAUUCCCCGGCCGCUUCUCUUUGCAAGACUACACCCUUCGCAGCAGUGGUCCUGAGUCGAAGCAAAUUGAGUGUGUUGUCAAUGUUAAGGGCGUCAAGGAUGCUGACUCUCGUCGUGUUGUCGAGGGUUAUGGCAACGGCCCCUUGUCCGCCUUGGUUGACGGUUUGUGCCGCAGCUUUGACCUGAACUUCGACAUUGGCAAGUACAGUGAGCAUGCCAUUGGAUCCGGUAAUGGCGUGAAGGCUGCUUCUUAUGUCGAGGUCUUGUGUGAGGGCAAGAGCUACUGGGGUGUCGGUAUCGAUGCCGAUGUUACUUCUGCCGGUCUGAAGGCUGUUCUGUCCGGUAUCAGCCGUGCUUCUGCCGAAUGGAGUCAAUAAGCAUAUUGCAAAUAGCUAAAAAGUUAUGCAAUGCGGGGUCGACUGUGAUGGUACAGUUUGACCUUUUUCAUGACUUACAAAAAAGACUGAGCAGAAAAUCUAUUCUUAGAUCGACUUAUUACUCUUUCUCCCGCAGACCCACAUUCCCCUGUACGCACAACCCUCCUCCUACGCACUUACACACAAUCCUUCCCUCCGGUAUAUCCAUGAGACUGCUUUAAAAGCUGGACAUGGUAAACCAAUGCUGCCUGCUUUUGACAGUGUUGUCUGUCUUUCGUUAAUUCUUGCAGAAAUGAUCUAGGCUUUAUUCGGUAACUUGGUCGCAUUAAACAAAUAGGCAUCUCGUAUCUAUGAACAUCCUUGCAAGCGGUUGUCCAGGGCCCAGAAGUCGUAACGAACGUACUGCAUCUUCGCCGUCGCGUCUUGGUCGCAGGAUGUCGUUUAUCCCUGGCUAAAAUCACUUAAAGGUAUUCUAUCUCGUGUGUUUGUUUUUUCAGCGUCGUUAACUGUUUCCGAUCAGAAUCGUUAUUUAGCGCUGGCGUCUGUCACUUUUUAUCGUUGCCUAAUCUUCCUGCCUGAGCUGCCUGGUGAGCGUGUAUACAGCGAUGUACGUCGUCUGACUUCACGUUCACAGUACAUUGUUUGGCGGAAUGAGACAAGUAGCAGCUUUCUAUGAAAAUACUUGCGGAUGCGCACAUGGCUGAUUGCGCAGGAGCGCUUUUGCGCAAGCUCACUAUUUCAGAGCUACACGCGUUUCUGUGUUCUUGAUGCUCUAGUGCAUCUGUGUUUUCUUGUAUAUUAUGAAUCGGCGAAAAUGGGAUCUUCCUCUUUCUCGUAUAGAGCAGUGCUGUAAUUGGUGGGACGUGGUUUAGUGUUGCACGUGUUUAAUUUAGGUCCCACGUGCGUCGCACAGGGGCAAAAGAUGUCAUCUAUCUUGUUUUCGCGCGUUGG